AUGGGAGAGACAGAGGAUGAGCGGGAAAGUGACACUGGAAAGCUCUUCGAGGACUUUGUCCAGGCUUCCACAUGUAAGGGAACGAUGCAGGCCUUUAACGUCCUGUGCAGGCAGCUGGACUUGGACCCCGCUGAUCACGCCACCUUCUACAACUGUCUGAAGGCCAAGGUCACAUCCUGGAAGGCCAAAGCACUAUGGAGUAAGCUGGAUAAGCGAAUGUCCCACAAGGAGUACAAGAAUGGUCAAGCCUGUGUGGGCACCAAGUGCCUCAUCAUCGGAGGAGGUCCAUGCGGCCUGCGCACGGCCAUCGAGCUGGCCUUGAUGGGGGCUAAAGUGGUGGUGGUCGAGAAGAGGGAUUCCUUCUCCAGAAACAACGUGCUGCAUCUCUGGCCUUUCACCAUUCAUGACCUGCGGGGUCUCGGAGCCAAAAAGUUUUAUGGCAAAUUCUGCGCUGGGGCCAUCGAUCAUAUCAGUAUCAGGCAGCUGCAGUUAAUGCUGUUAAAGGUGGCCCUCAUAGUUGCAGUGGAGUUUCACAUUAAUGUUGAGUUUGUCAAACUGGUAGAACCUCAAGCAAGCCAAGAAAAUGAAGGGCCGGGGUGGAGAGCUGCAAUCCGACCUGCUGAUCACCCCCUGGCUGACUUUGAGUUUGACGUGGUGGUGGGGGCUGAUGGGCGCAGGAACACGCUGGAAGGUUUCAAGAGAAAAGAUUUCCGAGGCAAACUGGCAAUCGCCAUCACUGCCAACUUCAUCAAUAGGAACACAACGGCAGAGGCCAAGGUGGAGGAGAUCAGUGGUGUGGCUUUUAUUUUCAACCAGAAGUUUUUCCUUGACCUCAAAGAAGAAACAGGCAUCGACCUGGAAAACAUUGUGUACUACAAAGAUAACACACACUACUUUGUUAUGACGGCAAAGAAACAGAGCCUGCUGGAUAAAGGCGUCGUCAUAAGUGAUUACGCAGAGACACAGAGGCUGCUGAGCAGCGAUAACGUCAACCAGGAAGCUCUCCUGUGCUACGCCCGGGAGGCUGCAGACUUUGGCACAAACUACCAGCUUCCCACGCUGGAUUUUGCCAUGAACCACUGCGGCCAGCCGGACGUGGCCAUGUUCGACUUCACCAGCAUGCACGCCUCUGAGAACGCUGCUCUAGUCAGGGAGAGGUUUGGACACCAGUUGCUGGUGGCGCUCGUGGGCGACAGCCUGCUGGAGCCUUUCUGGCCUAUGGGAACGGGCUGUGCAAGAGGUUUUCUGGCUGCUUUUGACACGGCCUGGAUGGUUAAGAGCUGGGCUCGGGGUCGAGCGGUUCUCGAAGUGUUGGCAGAGAGGGAAAGCAUUUACAGGUUGCUCCCGCAAACAACACCCGAAAACAUUGCCAAAAACUUGGAACAGUACACCAUCGACCCGGCGACAAGAUACCCCAACCUCAUCUCUUCAUGUGUCAGGCCUCACCAGGUGCGUCACCUAUACUUGAAUGGAGAGCUGAAUUCGUGCUCUCUGGAGCGUGCUGCCUCCAUCCGUCGACCUGUUAAUGUUUGCAGGCGAGAAUCUGAGAUUCGACCGGCCAGGCUUCUCACGUGGUGCCAGAAACAGACAGAAGCUUACAGGAAUGUAAAAAUCACGGACCUGACAUCCUCUUGGAGUAGCGGACUGGCCUUGUGUGCCUUGAUCCACAGGUUCAAACCUCAUCUGAUAGACUUUGAGUCGUUAAAUGAGGAAAACCUGACCGACAACCUCCAGCUGGCGUUUGACAUUGCGGAGCGAGAAUUUGGAAUUAGACCAUUCGUGUCUACAAAAGAGCUGAAGGUGUCCUCGGAGCUAGAUAAGACCAAUGUCAUCAACUUCCUUUCCAAAUUCUACGAACUCUUCAGAGGCACACCUUUACCUGAUACAGGCUCCAGAAGAGUGGAUGAAAACAGUGAAGAUUAUCCAUCUAAGGAAGUCCGAAGUAAUAAUAACUUUCUUAAUCUUGCUGUGCCACGGAAACGAGUUCCCAAGGAUGAGAAAAAGACAGAUGGUACAGAUCCCACUUAUAAGAGGAGGAGAAAAUUUUGCACCUACCUGGAGGAGGCCUCCAAUUCUUCCACUAAAGGGACCUCGUCAUGGGACGGAAGACAACCCAAAGAGAACAAAGUGCGCUCAUUGGCGACACAGUUACAAGCCAAAAUGGAAAGCAGGUCAACCUACACCCAAAGGAAACAGUCAGACUGCAAGAGUUCCUCCUCUCUUCAAACUCUCGACUCUGCCGAGUAUGCGCGCUUUAAAAUAUCGCCUCCCACCACGCCCGAGCUUCCAUCUGAGACACAGUUUGAAGUCAGUCUCCGACGCACAGCGCAGAAUUUAGUCUCUGUGGAGUCUCGACACAAACCCCGCCAGCUCCCGCCUCAGUCACAGUGCGACUUCUCCAUAGUGAGGCUCAGACAUGUUGCUCAGACACAUGAGCUUGUCGAGACCUCGCCAGAACCGGAGGGCGAAGUGUUUACCGCGCCCUCCGUCCACUCUGCAGUCGCGUUCAUGUCCAGAGUCCUUCAGCGCCUCAAGGAGGUGGAUGAACUCAUUUGUGAGAGAAAAGCUCAAUCCCAACAAACUAGAGAGUUUCAGUCAAAGAGCAUUAAAGAGAAAGCACUUCACCUGCGUGGUUUGAUCUCAGCAGACAGCUCUGUUGGUAUCAAGGACACUUCUCUCCAGAGGGUUUUCUCCACCCAAUCGGGCGAAAAAUGUCACUCCUGCGAGCGGCGUGUUUAUUUGAUGGAGAGGAUUUGUGCAGAAGGCUUCUUCUUCCACAGGGAGUGCUUUCGCUGCACCACCUGCAGCUCUACCCUGCACCAGGGGUCACAUGCUUUUGAUUCUCAACACGGAAAGUUGUACUGCAAGCUUCACUUUGAUCAGAUCAACAAUGGGACAAGCCUGCGUAGGAACAUGUCAGCACGUUUGAAUCAUUAUGGUCGCCGGUUUGUGGAGCAACACGCCGCUCUGGAAGAAAUGUCCUCCUCUGGCUGUUCAGCGGCACUGCAGGACCAGCCUGCAGCAGGUACCUUCAGCUCUUUAUUGAGGAAGCAGCUAAGCAGGCCCCUCAACGUGGUGCGGGCUGUGUGUAGUGCCCCCUGGCGUGCGGGGCGCUGUGUGUCAGGGGCAGCACAAGCCUUGGUUUGCCACCUCCGGGACAACGCCCAGGACUAUGUCUUUCUGUACGAGCUACUGAGCUUGACCUUGCCCCUGCUGCAUAUUUUAUACGAGGUUCUCCUGCAGAUGCAAACAGAGCCCAUGCCUAGCAGGCCCGACUCUUCGUUGUAG